AUGCGUCUCCGCCCGCUCCUCAGCGCCGCUUGUCUCUCGCCUGUCUCAUGGCCACAACUCAGCAAUGCCCUUGAGACCAUCGCGACUGCUGCAGAUCUUCGAGCCAUUGAGCGCUCGGCCACAGUCCACGCGCUGCUGGUGAUCAGGACGAACGAAGGAGGUAAAGGCGACGAGAGACCGAGUCCAGAAGAGCUGGUCCUGUCGGCGUAUCCGGAUCUGCCGGAUAUCGAAACCGAGCUGGAAGGGCUUGUCACCUUUGGUGUGGUGGACAUGGCGGUCCAUGAUAAAACCUCGGUCGGGAACCAAUGGCAGUUACCGAAACUGCCUGCACUGGUUAUGUACCAAGACGUACCACGCCUGAACCCUUACACUGGUGAAUUGUAUCGAGCUGCGACGCCGGCGGACAUCUCGUUGUUGAAAAAACCUCAAAAGCUCAAAAAGAUGCUCAAAUCGGCCAUUCCGACCCAAUUUGUGUACGAACUUGAAGCGAACGACGCAACGUGGACUUUUCUGACCCAGUUCGUGCAAGAAAAGGCGCAGGAGGUCGAGACGGUGGUAUUGUUGAUCUCGAAGCAGCGCCAUGCUUCGCCCAUGUAUCGAGCUGUAGCUGCAGAGUUGAGUGACCAAGGUCUGAGUUUUGUGUUUUUGAGCAAAGACGAGGAAGCGGCAGAGGAGGUGAUGAAACUGUUGCAAGUGGAGGAAGUACCGGCUUUGGUGGUGCUGAAAUCGAUGACGGACCACGUUGUGUCAAGUGCAGAGAAGGUGAAGACGUACGGUGCACUCAAGAGCUUUGUGGAGCCUUUUGCAACGCCAAAGGGAUCGAAGCGGAACACGUCGAAGGGAUCCAAGACAAGCGAGGGAAAGUCGAAGUUUAUCCGGUUCUUUUCUGGAUCAGAGUUUGAUGAGUUGGUUCUGCACUCGGACGUUGUGUGGAUCAUCGAGUUUAUGGACUCUCAGCGGGAGCAGCAAGACUUGGACGAGAAGAAGUGGAAGAAGACUUUGACUCAAUUGCACCGUAAAGCUGGUGUGGUGGCGACGGGUGCAGUCAGCUGCGAGAAGGAAGUAGAACUGUGCGAGCGUUAUGGCGGAUCGGGUGUUCGCGUUUUUCCAUUGGAGCUUACCAGUGCGAAUAGACUGAAACGUGCUGAGGUUCUCCCGCAAAAGUUCACCACAAUUGACGAGGCAAAGGAGACGGCUGUUGCGACGAUCCCCGAUCUUACUGUCCCGAUCACGUCUCCUGCUGAAUUGAAUGCAUUCACCGCUCUCGCACGAGAGAAUCACGCGAUGCCUGUUGUCUUUUUUACAACCAAAGAGACUACACCACCAAUGAUCAAGGCUCUCCCGCUGUCCGUUCCGACACAAAAGAUCAUGGUAGCGGUACUUCACGAUGCUGGCGAGGACUUGAAGAAGCAGUUCCUGGUCGACGCAUCUGCAAAGACCGCACUGGUAUGCUUGGUGCCGAAUCAAGUCCAGUCGGAAGGCCCGACUUCUGGUCAGUUUGGAAUAAUUGCGUACAAGAAGACAACCAUGGGCCCCUACACAUACCCGAACCUGAUGCAGUUCCUUCUGCAAGUUCUUGCUCAAUAUCCACAUCCUCAGGAUACCAGGUUCACAAGUGAGGAGGUUGACGUGUCAUCACUUGAUCUAACGUCUGCCCAGUCGCUUGUGCCCUACGUAACCAAGGAGAACUUCGGUGACCUUUGCGGCGGUAGCAAGAUUUGUGUGAUUGGAUUUUUCGAGGACCACCUGGACACAGUAGCAGACCCAGAGUCUCGUCUAGCUACGUGGUGGAUCACGUUGGCGCACGUCGCUGCCCAGAGCGCGCAGCGCGGAGAGCCGUUCCAGUUCAUCUGGAUGAACGGGAAGUGCCAGAAGGACUUUGCGGAAGCGUUUGGUGUCGGCCUUUUCCAGAUGCCGACGCUUGCUGUGUAUUCUCCUUCGAAGCAGCGCUUUGCUACGAAUGUGGGCAUCUUUGACGAGUUGAGUGCGACGGCGUUUCUGAAAAGUGUGCUGUCUGGUAGCAGGAGCACUGCUCCGCUUGUAGGCGUUCCCGAAUUAGUCGACGAGUGUCUGUUUGACGAGAUUCAAGGAGCAGCACUUGGAGCAGGCGAUGUCACUGAAGAUGACGGAGACAUUGACGACAUGCUGAGUGAGAUCCUUUCGGAUGAAAAGCAGCAGCGUGACGAGCUGGAGAAAGAGUCGGAGUUGAAGCAGACGAAGAAGGGCAAGAAGAAGCGCAAAGCGAAGAAGAACAAGUCGAAGAAGCGGAAGAAAAAAGCAGCACGAGACGAGUUGUAG